CAAAAUCAUCAUUUUUGAUCAACAAACCAAACCUGGAACCUGAUGGUGUGGCCUGCUGACGGCUCUUCUACCCAAACGUGCUCUUAGCAUCUGCGCUGUGGCUGAGCUUUCCAACCACUGGGCCUCUUACCCACCGAAAAAUGGCUUCCUGGAAGAUGAAGUUCAUGUAUGCCUGCCUGCUGGGGAUUGGGGUGCUCUGUCUGUACUUCAGCAUGGAUCCUUUUGAACAAGGGAUAUUUAUUUUUAAGAAAAACUAUGGGCAGUUCCUUCAGCUCCCGGACAUCGACUGCAGGCAGAAUCCCCCCUUCCUCGUCCUGCUGGUGACGUCCUCCCAUAAGCAGGUGGCAGCUCGCAAGGCCAUCCGGGAGACGUGGGGCCAAGAGCAGGUAGUGAGAGGACAGCUGGUGAGAACCUUCUUCCUCUUGGGGAUCACGGCCAGUGAGGACGAGAUGACAGUGGUGGCCCAGGAGAGCCAGCAGCAUGGGGACAUCAUUCAGAAGGACUUCAAGGAUGUCUACUUCAACCUGACCCUGAAGACCAUGAUGGGCAUAGAAUGGGUCCACCGCUACUGUCCUCAGGCAGCUUUUGUGAUGAAAACGGACACGGAUAUGUUUAUAAAUGUACAGUACCUGACCGAACUCCUACUGAAGAAAAACAGAACGGAGAGGUUCUUCACGGGCUACUUAAAGCUGAAAGAGUUUCCGAUCAGGAACAAGUUCAGUAAGUGGUAUGUGAGCCUGUCUGAAUACCCGUGGAGCAAGUACCCGCCGUUCUGCUCCGGGACCGCCUACGUCUUCUCCAGCGACGUGGCGAGCCAGGUGUACAAUGUCUCCGAGAGCGUCCCGUUCAUCAAGCUGGAAGACGUGUUUGUGGGGCUCUGCCUGGCCAAGCUGGGGAUCCAGCCAGAGGAGCUGCACUCCCAGCAGACCUUCUUCCCCGAGGGGCUGCGCUUUUCCAUCUGCCGCUUUAAGAAGGUGGUGGCCUGCCACUUUGUCAAGCCCCAGGAGCUGCUGGCCUACUGGCAGGUGCUGGAGGCUUCGGAGAAUAAAGGCUGCCCAGGUGUCUAGUCUGGGGUCGAUCUGGAUGGCCGUGCGGGGUAGGGAGGGUGCAGGACGGCGAGGGCGCUCCAGAGCCGCGCACGGUGAACCAAUGAGCUUAGAUGCAGCCAGCGUGGCUCCUCACCUGCGCCCCUGCGCUGGGAUCCCAUCUCUCAGCACCCACGCGAGGUGCUGUGCGCUUGACACAGGUGCAUCUGCCGACUUCCGGGCGUGUGUCUACAUGAAGCUCUGGAUGCUGCCAUUCCCCUUUUCAGAUAAGGAAAAGCAUCUGAAGAAUCCCGGUCACUCGUCUGCAGCUGGCCUCCCAGCCCCUUUUCAGAGUCCCCCGAGCCCCGCUCCCACCCUGAGGCUUUUUAGUGCCGAGCCUGGGACCCACCGCUCCCUGAACUGAGGCCCCACAGCGGGGCACCGAGUCCCCGUUCGUGAAGGACUCCGAAGCACGUCUCCGGAGACCCGCUUGCCUGCAAUCGCCCUGACCACACCGCUGACUUCCCCAUGAGCACCACGGCAGCCAGUGAGUGUCCUCCUCUUGCACUGACAGGACGACAGCGCUUUGAGUCUCCGAGCUCAGACUGUCUGCCCAGGCUUCCGGGGCUUUGCUGGGUUCCCUUGGAUCUUAGUCGAGCCCCUCUCAGGGACCCCUUGGGCAUAAAGCGCCCACGGGCCCAGGUCCAGGGCUGGCUCCCUGUGCCUCGGUCCCAAGCCUGAGCCCAGCUCGUGUGCUGAGCUUGUCCUGUGGCCAAGGAACCACAGGGUGCCCUGGUCUGGAGUUCAGCUUUGCAUUUUUUGUCUCCCUGGAGGUUUUCAUGAGCCUGUUUAGCAAGCCUGUGUGAAAACUGGCAGGUUUGUGCGUGUCCGGAGCAUUGCAGAGCGGUCCUGCUCCGCACCCUGGGAAAGCUGCCGCUGGAAGCUGGUGCUGUCUUCCUCUGGCGCGGAGCCGAAGAACUUUCUGUGCUCUGCCUCCCUGCGAUGCUCCCGCCGCCGCCCCAACACCCCUGGUGUCCAGCUGAGGAAACUGAGGCACAGGCCCGGGCGGAGCACCUAGGUUCUGGAAAUGAAGGAAGCAGCAGUGGGGUGCGCCGCAUGCUGCUGGGCCUCCCCGGGCCUGUGGGGCUCGCGUCACCAGCUGCUCCAGCUGCACUUUUGGGGCGCUUUCUCCACGUUCCCAAGCCGUGGCAUCACACCCAGGCUCCGCAGAGAAGCCCCUUGGGGUUUCGGACUCCACUGCCAGCUCCUCUCACCACCUUGUGGUCAGAACCCCUGCGCGGUUCUCACUCGUGGGCCCCUCCCCUCUGCCUGGCCCCGUCUCACCCCUUAUGGUGAAGCCUGUCUGGCCCGUGAGCAGCACCCUGUUCAGGGACCCAACUCCCCAAGCUGCUGGUACCCUGGGCGGUUCUCGGUCCUCACGGCAAUGCUGCCCCCAUCCUUGCUCACCCCAGCUCUAGGACCCCACGUGCUCUUAGCUACCCCCUCUGCCAUGAUCGUGUGGGCCCGGCGUCCCCCGGCUCCGCCCCGGGCUCCACGUCUGUCCUCGAGGCCUCAUCCUGUGCCCUGGCCCUCAUGUCCUCCUUACGUUCCUGAUGCCCGUUGGUCUCCAGAGAGAAUGUCCUCUGGCUCCCCAGUCUCCCUUGUCCCACUGGCUGCUUGGUUUCGCUGGAUGAGCAGAUCCCACUCUGAACUUCGGGUUAACCCUGGCCACCCAUACCUGCAGCCUCGCUGUGUCACAGCUCAGCCCCUCCAGCCUUCUGUGGAGCCACCUCAGGGCAGGACGCUGGCGCCUUCAGUCACAUCCGCCCUGCAGUCACAGCAGCUGCCUCCCUCGCUCACGUCCUGUCUCCUCACCGCAGUUCCAGCAGUAGCCCUGAGCUCCCAUCUCCCUAAGCCCUAGGCCUCAGUCCCACGGCCAGGCCAAUCUCUCCUCCCAGCACCCACAGGCACAUGGACCCACAGUCUGAAGCCAAACUCCAGACCUUCCUCCCUCGAACCCAGCUUCCCCCAGGCCCAGAGCUCAGGAAACGCCUCCAUCUCUGUCCCUUAAGGUCUGCGCGCCAAGGCCAGCCUUGUGACCGGUUCCUGUGGGUUUGGCCUCUUCUCCCCAUGUCCACCCUGGUUACCUCUGUCCAGACCACCACCUUGGUUCAGCCUGACUCAGGCCCUUGGGGCUGUCACUUCUGUCCUCCACUUUACCUCCAGAUGAUUGUUUUAAAAGGAAGUCAGGUUGGGAAAUAAGAUACCCAGAGAAGCUGAGUGGCUUGUCCCCAGGUGCCCUGUCCCUGGAAUGGCGCAUCCUGGUCUGGGAUCAGCAAGCUUGGAGGCCACCUCCCUACAGACUGCAGGAGCGUAACAGUUCCUGAUGUCCUGGCCUAUUUCAUAACCUCGGCUUGCAGAGUUCUCUGUGGCCAUGCUGUCCAACCUGCCUGGCGAUGCCUGACUCCGCCGGGCACCCCGCACUGCUACAGCUAUUCCAAAGGGCUGGCACAGAGCUGAAAUGGGUUUUUAAGCAAAAUUAAUUAAUUUUCAUGCCAAUUUCUGAUUCCUUCGAGGGUAGUUAUUUUUGUGCAGAAAAAUUAUGCACACGUUUACAUUGGUUUUCAAAGUAAUGUGUUGCACUUUUUCCCGGCUUUAAACUUGAACUAGCAAAGUAGGUGGAAGGGUCCCUGGGUGUGCUUUACACACACACGUGCACACACUUGGCAUGUGGCAGCCCUAGCGGACUCAGAUCAGAGUGUGGAUUCAGUCUGCUCUCUGGGAGGCACAGCUGGCUUCUCUGCCCCUUGCAGGGACCAGGCAGAUGCAGUCCUUGCAGUGCUGCAGACCCCCAGUGACCGGAGCCAGAAGAAACAGGUGUGGACACCAGGCUGCUGUGCACCCGCGAGGGAAGCCUGUCUUUGUGGGCUGUCUGUCAUUAUAACCAAGCACAGUAGACUAAGUAAUUUCUAAGGAGUAGAAGUUCACUUGGCUCAUAGUUCUCAAGGCAACCCUGGCCUUUUUAAGUUUUUAAAAUUUGAGACAGAGUCUUAUUAAGUCCCCAAACUGCACAGGCUGGACUCCGACUUCCUGUCCUCCCUCCUCAGCCUCUCAGAGGGUCACAGGUACACACCACUCCUGGCUUCUCUUGCUUUUCUCAUAAAACCACUAGUAGCAGUACCCUGCCUAGGGCCGGGGAUUUAGCUCAGCGGUUCGGUGGCCUGCCUUGCAAGUGCAAGGACCUGAGUUCAAUCCCUGGGACCAAAACACAAAAAACAAACCAGUACCCUGCCUAACCCGACUCAUCUACCAGAGUUUCAACUCCAAAUGCCACCGGCACGUGACUUCAGGGAUUUCAGUCCCAACACAGGGAUGUCCGGAAGAUGCACAGCAGCCCACAGGAAAUCAGUGUGGGGAGAGGAGACCGCUUCCUAGGCCAGGCGAGUCGUUAGGGAGACCUGGUCUCUUCAGCCCUGUGGCACAUCUCAGGUGUCUCCUCCAGCUUUGAACCUGGCCAUGCGGCUUGCUGGCUCUGGAACUGGGGCUCUCACUCUCUGUGGACCUCAGGUUCUGCCCCUCACUCAGAGCAGCCACACCUUCCACCUCGGAAGUUUGUGUGCAGAGCGGGAGUUACCUAAGAGACCUCCCCUCGCGUUGUCAGCACCCCUGGGCCUGGAAUUGCUGCGGAAGGAAUUGGCAAGUGAUGCGCACGUAGAGACGAGCUGAGUGGAAGUAAAAUUAAAAAGUUUACUUUGCGGGCAAAGGUCGAUCGCACUCAAAAAAGGCAGUGCCGGUGAUCAGCCUUGUACUGGGCUGCAGCUCCUUUUAUAGGGGUUUUCAGCUUGAUCUCAUUCGGGUGGUUACAUUUCAUUUCCUCAGUUCGCAUCACGGUCACAGGAGAGUUCACUUUAACCAAGACGUAGCAGUUCCUUGCAGUUGUGCUGUUUACCUUGAUAUUCGUGUAGGCAUCUGCUCUAGCACCCAGGAAGCGGGUGUUCACUGUCAGGAAUGAGGCCGGAUGUCCCAUUUCACGGUCAGUGCUUCCAGUGUCUGUUAAUUUUGAACCAAACAGAGCAGAUUGCUGCUCGAGAAGGCAGAAGUCAUUAUACGUUUUCCUAACAACAUUUUGUGGGUUUUUAGAUUAUUUACCUAAGUUCCUCCGUCAGAAUGGGGCACAGGCCGAUGCCCAAGCUUCUGUUUUGAUGUGGCAACCUACAGCGUGGCCUGGCAGUGAUGGGCUUGCCUGGUUACUGCCCUGAAUAUUCUUGAUUGGUGGGGAAAAGUUGUGUGGCUUCCAGUGUAACGGUUUUGAGGGAGAAAGUCUGAAGAGACAGCAUGCCAGGCGUGACACGGGUGUCAUGGGAAUGCAAGUUGUAGUCACUUCCCCUCGUGCCAUGUUCCCCUCAGGUGCUGGGUUGAGGCAGUGAAUUCCCCUUCUGCUCUUAGGGGUGAGUGAGGGAGAUGUGGGAAGGGCCCAGGUGGCCUGAACACCCGGCUUCCUGGUCUUCAGAAUCUAGUGGUCCAGUGUGAGGUUGCGUGAACCUCACCCCAGGCCACGUUACUGGGACAGAACCUAUGUGGGUGUCAAGGUCUGGUGCCUGGAUUUGAAUUUCAGCCCCUCACUCCACUGAGGGACAACUUCUUUGUCUUUGCUUUAUCUUCGUUUUCUCUUCUGAAAAAUGGGACAAUGGGCGUUCCCACCUCCCGGGGUUCCUGUGUGGGUUAAAUGAGACAAUAGGAACUGCUCAGUGUCCCAUAGUAGGUGCAGUUAAGGGAGGCGCUCGUGGUUCUGGUCCGGCGUGGGCUGUGUUUCAGUGGCGGUACGAUGGUGCGCACAGCACCACCUCUGGGUGCAGAAGCGGUGACUGAGGUCCAUGGACCUCUUGAGGGCUUCGUGUCAUCUCUGGUUCCUCUCCUUCCUUCAGCUCCCUCUCUUUGCGGUGCUGGGGAUGAAAGCUGGGCCCCCCAGGUCCGUAUGCAUGCCGAGCGUGUGUUCUGCCACUGAGCCCCACUCCAGCCCCCCUUUCCUCCUCCGCACCAUCCCUGGGGCUCUUGGAGAAAUUCUCCUGCCCAGGAUACGCUGCACAGCACAGGGCACCGUGCUCUGGGCUCUGCUGGUUGGGGGAUGCGAUGAUCUGAACGUGGCAGGGGAAAUCCUGGGGUGUGUGCAGCACUGAGGACCAAACCAGCCAGCCCUGCCUUUGAUGAGACAACCAAGGCUCAGAGCAGUAGAGGACUUGGCCAGGCCUUCUGUAUGUGGCACGCACAGGACCAGCGCCGGGUGUUGGAAGCCCCUGCAGGCCACUCAUUCCUGUUCAUCCACUCUCUGGGCAGAUCUGUGCAGGGCCUCGAUGGACUGGCACAGGGAGGCUCAGGCUGACGGUCGAUCCCUUCGCUGGAGCUCAGGACUCCCAUCCAAAGGCUGUGUCGGCUCGUCCCUUAGCUGCUGCCCCUCUUUUGUGAGUGUUUCCAUGACUGCCUCUGCUCCUUCCCAGCCCUCUUUGAGGUGCUAAGAUGUGCCCCGGGUCUUUCGUGGCAUUCCUCAGAAACCCCUGUUUACCUGGGGCGCUCCCUGUCCAGCCCUGUGCUGAGGUCACCCAGGUUUCCUAAACUAUGGGCGAACCUCAGCCCUUUCCGGUCAGCCGGCUUCCCUCCCCGCUUCCCUAAAACCUCACGGAGCAGAGCCCUGGGCCCAACACUGGGAAACUAAGUGACUGCAAGUGUGUGUGUGUGUGUGUGUGUGUGUGUGCGUGCGUGUGUGCAACAGAUCUGGGGGUCUUUGACAAGGAACCGGCUCGUUUAUCUCCUGGGGAUGAUGAAGAACAGGUGUUCCCAGUUUCUCAGCUCUCGGGGUGCGAGCGUGGUGUUUGCGAGGUCUCCCUUGCCCUCGCCUUUGCUCAAGCAGUCCCGCACUGACUAUGGGCCAGGGAGUGGGCCACAGCCGCGGCGCUCUGAGAUUUCCCCGUGCUCCAAGCUUGCCUUCAGGCAGAGGGUUAGAAAGGGUGAAAUAAAGCGAAUCCCAGCAUCUGUUGAGCAGGUGUGUGUUUUUCACAAGCAGAAGCUGGGUGUUGCGGUCCUUCCCUCCGUGUUUGAAAGGAAACAGCCAGGCUGUGGUGCCUGCCCCGAGCGCCCCACGUGGAGAGCCCCUGGCUCUGUGAUGGACUCAAUUAUUCUCCAGCCUGAUUUCAUACGACAGCCGCCAUGCAUCCUGCUGAAAAUAGAUGAGAUGAGGUUUACAUUUUCUCUGUGUCUCCCGUCCGGAAGUAUUUUUCUUUUAGAGGUGAAUUUCCACCUCUUGUCAUAGCAGAAUGGCAUUUUAGCCACUGCCAUCACACCUGGCUUGUUUCAUUUCUGUGUUUGUUUUUCGGCGCUUGGCAUGGAACCCUAAGCGUCUACACUGAGCUGUAUCCUGCCGUGCUGUUCGCGCCAUCCUCUCUCCUACCUCCCUUGAGGUCAGUGCCCCCUAUGUGUGAAUUGUGGGUGGCGUUCACCUAGCUGGGGACAUAAACACAAGGCUGGCGGGCUGAGGUCGCAUCCUUCAGUCCCCAGAAGAGGUAAAGCAAGGAAGCGGUGAUAUCCACGGUUACCUUCUGCUUUGCAAAUAAAAAAAAAAAAAAAAAAAAAAAAAUUAGCUGGGUGGAUCUCUUUUACUUGGACAAAUAAGAUGUCAUAAAUACCCAACACGACUGGAAGUUACUGAGCACCCACAGAGACUUCUUUGUCAGAGUUUGCCUUUCCUAAAAGAUAAGAAAUGAAAAAGCAUUUGUAUGUCACUGAAUGAUACUUAAGCCGUCAUUUCCUUGUAUGUUAAGGGGAUCUUCUUCUAGAGUCUCAUGUAUCACAUGCAGGAGCAUGUAUUUGUAUUUAUUUAUGAUUUGUUAAAUAUAGUAUGUAUCUUCAAUGAACACGUUAACAUAGAAUCAUGUGCUUGACUCAGGUAGCUCUGAGUUGUAAAUACAUAAGAUAAACUUGCGCUCUUCCCAGAAAGUCAGCAGUGUGCAGUUGAAAAUGGACAUUUUAAUGUUCGCAUUGAUCUUUUCUAUAUUUAUUUUGCGUUUGGAAAAAUAUUUUUUUAAUUAACCUCUGAUUUGAUAUGUUUAAAGCUACAGUGAACAACCUUAGUGUGAUGAUCUCUGUAAGCCAUAAGGACUUUGGUUUCUCUUGGGCUGGGAAGCAAUUCAGUAGCACUUUACAGUUUGGAAAGUCUUUAUGGGGCUGGUUCUAGGCGGGCAGGGAAAGGUGAGGUCUCCUGUUGGGAAUUGUAAGUCAAGGGCAUUAUGAAGCGGGCAUCUUUUGGAAUGUUGUUCUCUCAGGUAUAUUUUUCUAUCAUUGUUUAAGAAAUCACGAAUUAUAAGUUUGAUAUGAUUGGACCUUUGGUGUCUUGGAUAGUAACUCAUCUUUGAGGUACUGAUUGGAUCCUUGAUGUUUCAAAGUGUCAUUUCGAUGGAAAUAAAAUGGCUGAAGCAGAUCAUUAGCAUUAUUUCUGGCUUUCAUGUGUAUUUGUCACAAUUCUUGUGGUACUGCAGACCUGGAACUCUUUGUCUCACUGACCCUCCUGUGACAAAGUGGGGACUGUCUCUGGUCCCCUAAAAGGCUGGUCCUCUAUGCCUGCCUGACUCCUCUCCCCCCCUUGAAGAGAUGGACUCUGUUCCCACCGUCAUCUCUUCUCUUCCCCUACAGCCCUAACCUUCCCCCCUUCUAGAACAUUCUCUCACACUCCCUCUCCUUAUGAGGUCGUUGGCCCAUCCACAGUACCUUGAUCAACCUUAGUCACUGCCAUUAAGGUUCCAUCUCAAAACACAGUCACGUUCUGAGGCACUGGGGGGGGUUAGGGCUUAGCAUAGGAAUUCUGGGGAACACAACUCAGUCAUAAGAGUCAUCUCUGUGUAGCCUUUCCUGCCUCAAGCAAUCCUUCGUUGUCCUCCAUUUUCUUCCUGUCACUCCUUCAUUCUCACAUUGCAAUGUGCUUUUACCCAUCCAUCCUUUCUCCCCAGAGGCUGUAAAUUCUCUUCAUUGUGCCUCUUGUCCACACCUCCAAAGUACAGACAGCAGUGUUGCUAAGCAGUGUCCAGUUUUAUGAUCCAAGUUGAAAGAACAGAGAUGGAGAGUACUGGAUUUUAUGGGCUGAGGGAUGGGCCUAGGACUCCACUGGCCAGGAAUAAAUGGUGGGGCUUUUGGGUGGUUCCAACCAGGAGAGGUGGGGGGAGGAGGAAGGGCAGUAGGCUCCAGGGUCUUGGCAGGAUGAAUGAGAGGGUGCGGCCGGGCUCAGUCUCAGCACCUUCUGAUGAUUGUGACAUGGCCUUGGGUCUUGAGCUUGAGUUCGUUUAUCUUUGCCCUAGGCCAAGAAGUCAUAGCUGCUUCAAAGACAAGUCAAGACCAUCCUUCCCCUCCUUCAUGAGGACAGAUAGGAGGGAAAGGGGUUUGAUAAACCAUAUGGGAAUAUAGCCCAUCUCAGAGACACCUUAAAUUUGGGGGUGCUGGCAUAGGGUCUCCAGGAUUUAAAUUUUUCUAACAAAGCCAUUGAAAAUCUCUUCUCUUACCAUGUUGCGCUGACCCAUCCUGGGUGCUACCUCAAUAUGGUAAACACUGUUCAGAUAUUAUUAGUCUACAAGGAUGCAAAGUAGACUCUUCAUAUAAAUAACAGACUUUGAAAAAAUAUCCUUUGGCUAGGAUAGUUUUAAUGGUAAGUGAAAGAAACUAACUGUCUGGAAUCAAAGAGGCAGUUUAUUGGCUCAUCGAGUUGGCAGGUGCCUGGGGACCUCAUGGGCCAAAGGGAAAGCUAAGAUGUAGAGGAGACCCCAAGGAUGCACCCUGAGAUUUUGGGUGCAAGCAACCUCAUUGUCUCCUGUGGAAUCCAGAAUCCAAGUGAGGGAGACCAAGGCCCCAGGCGCCCAGCCUACGGAAGGAGAGAAUUUCCUUACCAGCUUUGUGGUUCAGUCUGCUGUGUCACAGGUCCACACCCCAGAUCAGUCAGUGCUACAGAGGGGAGGAAGAAGAGUGCUACUCAGACCAAUACAAGCUCACAAGAGAUGGUUGGGCAAAGCUCUGAAGACAGAACCAAUAAAUCAUGGUCGUAAGACGGAUGUGGUGUGCAUAUAUCUUUGAGAGAAGAUUCUAGAACAUUCUUCUUCAAACCUACUUCUUAAGUUACUGUCUAAUUUCUCUUCCCAUAAGUUCAUUAGUCCUGAAAAUCUUAAAUAGCCAGCUAAAAAUAACUUUACUAUGCAUUAGUAAUUGAUUAUGGACACUAGUUCAUUUAAUUCCUGUCUGAAUUAUGGCUACAUUUAUUCAUACUUUAUGACAGACAUAGUGACGUCACUUGGACUAUUAAGACCCCAAAGGAAAUAACCAGUGACAUCACCCUUGCCUUCACAUUGGCCUGAUGAUUCCCUCCAGUUAUUCAGAACAGGGAAUGAACAAAGAAACUAGUGUGGUCAUGAAAUCAUUUGGUUCUUCUGUUCUGUGAAGCAGACCUAUAAGGAACUAACAGAAAGGUAUCAUUUAGGUGGGAAAUCACAGGGAUACACACCCUUGGCUGUCUUUACAGUUCUAGGUUGUUGUAUUUUGCAUGUGUAGCCUUCAUGCCAAUUUCAACAACCCACGACAGAACAUUCUUUUUGCCUGGCACCAAGGCCAACCGGGAGGCCACUCCCAGACCUCGUUCAACAAAUACAGAUGCUCCUUGCUGUUCUCUCCUUACCUGAAUGCUGGUGUGCUCUGCAGCCUUUGGGAGCCUAGUCCCUUGUCUGUACAGACCGAGAUUGGAACUCAACAGAUUCCUUUCAGUGAUGAGAACCAGCUGCACCUGCCGCGACCACUCCAGUGGAAUCUGUGUGACAAUGCCGACCACCUGGCAGAAACCGGAUCUGAGGUAUUGUCCCCUCGGGGUCAAGCCUCCUGGAGGUCCUUGGCAUGCACCACAUUAAAAGUCAGCCAAAGAAGGAAUCGUUGGUUUCUUCGCCUGCAGCUUGGGGACAAUGGGUUCUGUUACAAUUUUGAUUUAUUUUCUAUUGAUCUCUGUGUGUUUGUGUUUUUUGAAAAUGCCUAGUGGUUUUCAAGAAGGAGAAGGAUUAGAUGUACCCAAAGAUAUGGAGGAUAAGAAUGUCACUGUUUGGACACAGCCUUCUCAGUCAAAUAAUAACUGAACAGAAGGUGCAUUUGAGGGGAAUAUUUCUUUUAAGGAAAUAGUUCUCAGGAAAAUAGCAUGUAAUGUUACAGACGUUACUGAUACUUCAUCAGAAUUACCACAUAUUGUCAAACAUCUGAGAAACAAUGAUUCAUUGGGGAAAAAAUGGCCACUGGCAUAUUAUCAGCUAAGAUGGAAAGAAAGCUUAAACUCCUGCUAACUUUUCACAAUGUAUUCUAUAAUGAUGUAUUUGGCAGGCGCCAACUCAGCAAGCGGAAAUAGAUGCCUAGAGAGAUCAGCUCA